GGCCAGGCAACCGAGACACGCUGACCUUCGGCGCCGACCUUCCAGGCACCCUCGAACAUGGACCACAUGUCUCCCAGGCUGAGAGCCUUCCUCUCUGAACCCAUUGGAGAAAAGGAUGUUGCCUGGGUAGACGGGGUCAGCCGUGAGCUUGCAAUCAAUCUGUGCACCAAAGGUUUCAACAAGGCCUACACCCUGUUGGGACAGUUCCUUCUGAUGCACAAGAACGAAGCGGAGUUUCAGAAGUGGCUCAUUUGCUGCUGCGGUGCCACCGAGUGUGAGGCCUGGGAGAGCUCGAACUGCCUGAAGGAGUGGUGCUCCUGCUUCCUGUAGACCCUCCCCCCGCACUGCCACUAGGAAAUGAUACCUCUGCACUGA